GCUGAUGCAACGAUAACUGACUGCGGCAAAACAAAGAAAACACGGAGAAAAAGUUAACGCAAUUAGGCGUAGUAAAAAAAGUCUAGAUUUUUUAAACAACACGGAGGUAGUGAGUCACGGAAAUAAGCUUUCCGGCCACAAUGGCAGAUACCCACAAAGAUGCCGCGCCGCCAAGCUACGACGAAGUCAUGAACAGUCCCUCGCAGGAUUCCCGGACAAACGUGGGCGUGCAUCAGGGAGCACCCAGUGCACCGCCACCGAACAUGCACAUGCCCAGCUACGGAGCUUUCGAGACGACGCCGGUGAGCGUGGUGAUUCAGCCGGCUCCGGUCGCUUUGCCCACGGAGAUCAUCGUUGUUGGCGGAUGCCCUUCUUGUAGGAUUGGUUAUCUGGAGGACACCUAUUCCGCCUGCGGACUGUGCUGCGCCAUCUUCUUCUUCCCGCUGGGAAUCCUCUGUUGCUUGGCCAUGCGCGAGAAACGCUGCUACAACUGCGGAACUGUUUUCUAGAGUGGAUUACCUGGGAAUUAUCCAUAAAAACCCCAAAUUUUGAUCCCCAUUUCGGCUUUCGUUGUUGGCACACAGUGAUUAUAUCACAAAGCUUCCAUUCUUUGGUUAUUUUUAAUCGUUAGCUUAGAAAUCAUUAUAUAUUAUGUGUAAAUAUUAUUCAUGCCAGUCUGCGGAAUGCACCCGAUUCCAUUCCAGUCCGGAUAAUGGUCAUGUACAGUAAAAUAUGCCUAUCUCGAAAUCAAGACAUUAAUCCUAGUUAUGAAAAAAAUGUUUAAAAAAAUCUGUUAUGAAAUGUUUUCCAUUGGAA